AACAAACAACAAACGUUAAGAGAAAGCUCAACCCUAUCCAAACAUAGCAGCUCAAAGCCAGUAGAAGAUGAUCAACAGAGCAUAGCACCGGUAAUCCAGAUGAUGAUUAAGCCGGCGAUCAAUCUCCCAAACCCUAACCCUAGAUUUAUUGCAUGGAAAUUGAAAUCUCCGGCGACACUUGGUCGUAAGCACAUCAUAGGAAUGCUUUCUUCUUCUUCUUCUUCUUCUUCUUCUUCUUCUUCUUCAGUUGGAUCCUCCUCUUCUCUCUCACAACGACCCCUCAGUAGAUAUGCAGUGCUUGGAGCUGGUUUUGCUGGUUUGUCUGUGGCUUGGCAUUUGUUGCAUUGCAGUCAUAAGGAAUUGCCUUUGUGCGUUGACAUUUAUGAUGAAGUUGGCAUUGGUGGGGGUGCGUCUGGAGUGUCUGGUGGUCUCCUUCACCCAUAUUCCCCCAAAGUUAAGCUUCUUUGGCGGGGUGCAGAGUGCUGGACAGAGAGUUUAAAGCUUUUAAGCAUUGCAGAAGCAGCAGCUGGCUCCAAUGUUUUGGACUCAGAAUGUGAAGAAUUUGCUCAAAAUUCUGAUGGGUUCAUAGUUAGGAGAAGAGGCAUUCUGAGACCAGCUGUCAGUUUGAAGAAUUUCAAUGUAUUACAUGAUCAGAAUGCUCAGAACUGCCUUGCCAGUUGCAGAAUAGAGUCCAUUGAUAAGAAUGCUGCCCAAAAUCUUGUUCCCAAUUUGUGUGUACCUUUGAACUCAGCCUUUUACAUGCCUGAAGCAAUAAAUGUUCAUCCUCAACGCUACCUUCAGGCACUUUUUUUAGCAUGUGAAGAUCUGGCAAAAGACCUGUCAACUUCUGGUUUCAGAGCAAAAGAUUUGCGCUUGCACAAGAAAUCCAUUAACAACCUUCUUGAAUUAGCAGGGGAGUACAGUGCAGUAAUUGUUUGUCUAGGUUCCAGAGCACUGUUUCUUCCAGAACUCUCUGGGAAGCUUCCUCUAAGGACAUGCAGAGGUGUCAUUGCCCACCUGCAGCUGCCUGAUGAUAUAAGUGAAGAUUAUCCAGACCAUAGCCCCUCGAUCUUGUCAGAUGCAUGGCUUGCUAUCCAAGGGCCUCGCAAUCUAUAUUUGGGAUCAACAUGGGAAUGGAAUUCAAGAAAUUAUUCACCCGAUGUCCCUUCAGAGGAAGCUUCAAAAGCCCUCCAAGAGCUUCUGCCCAAGGCAUCUUCUAUAUAUCCGGACAUAAAGAAUUGGACUUUCACUAGAGCAACUGCAGGCCUAAGGGCAAUGCCACCACUCACUCCCCAUGGAUCGCUACCAGUUUUGGGUUGCCUAGAUGAUUAUGUAGAUGGGAAUCACAGUUGUAAAUACUGGUUAUUUGGAGGGCUUGGUUCGAGGGGCCUGUUGUAUCAUGCUUGGCUUGGGAAACUUUUGGCACUAGCUGUACUUUCUUGUAAUGAAGAUUUGUUACCUUCUGAACUAACAUCUUGGAGGAAUAAGAAAGCACAAUAAUUACGUUAAUUUCUUCA